ACAUUCUCUUCAAUAAAAAAUCAUUGCAGAAAAAGAAAAAACAACGUUAAGUUUCUGCCAGAAAUCAUGAGACCAAUAUUAGACCUCGAAGUUGAAGCUUCAUCGGACAGUAGCAGCAGCCAAGUGGCCUCAAACUUGUCUCCGGUUGGAGAACAUUACAAACCAAUCUCGCUGAAUCUUAGCCUCUCUUUCAAUAACAACAACAACAACAACCUUGAUCUUGAAUCAUCGUCUUUGACGUUGCCACUUUCGAGCACUAGCGAGAGUAGCAACCCGGAACAGCAGCAACAACAACAACUCUCUGUAUCGAAGCGAGUCUUUUCUUGUAACUACUGCCAAAGGAAGUUCUAUAGCUCUCAAGCCCUUGGUGGUCACCAAAAUGCUCAUAAACGAGAGAGAACACUCGCCAAACGCGCUAUGCGUAUGGGUCUCGCUGGGGUCUUCCCCGGUAGAGGAUCCAAUAGCAACUACGCGGCUGCUGCCACAGCAGCCGCACUCUCGUGUUUGCCACUUCAUGGAAGCGGAAACGGUAAUAUGACAUCGUUCAGGACUUUGGGAAUUCGGGCACAUGCCUCGUCCCACGACGUCGGCAUGACAAGGCAGACACCAGAAACGAUUAUUAGAAACAUUGCCAGGUUCAACCAGGGAUAUUUCGGUAAUUGUAUACCUUUCUACGUUGAGGACGACGAGGCCGAGAUGCUCUGGCCAGGGAGUUUCAGGCAAGCGACGGAGGCGGUUGUGGUUGAAGCGGGUAAUGAUAAUUUAGGUGAAAGAAAAAUGGAUUUCUUGGAUGUCAAGCAAGCGAUGGAUAUGGAGAGUUCUCUUCCAGAUCUAACCUUGAAGCUAUGAGCUUUCUUUAUUUGUUUUUACUUUUUUUUUUGAAUGUGGAUUCUUAAUUUGGUUGCAUCAGCUUCAUAACUCUAUUAUGUACAGUGAGAGUUUCACAAACCAUUUCUGAUAUGUUAUCAUUAUAUGGUCACUAUCGAUUGAUCGACCAAAAGUUAAUUCUAGUGUUUGCUUAUGUAUAAGCCAAAGGGAUAUGUAUAAUGGUAUUA